AUGCAUAGUGCCACUGCGCAAUUCUAUACUGGAUGUAUUGCUCCCCCUUGCUACCCACCAGGGUACGCCUCUUACUGCAGUGUUGUUCCCAAUACACCGUUAUGUCUUAGUCCUGGGAAUUUGGGGGGGCUCCCCUUCCUCUUGGAUGGAAUGGAAAUGGAAUGGGCUACCAAGAAUAUCAUAAUCAGCAUCUGUAUCCUCAUCAUCAAAUACGGCCACCGCCACCACCUCCGCCGCCGCCGCCUGGAUACCAACAUCCUUAUCCUGUGCAACAACCCUAUCCACCACCACCACCACCACCGCCGCCGCCGCCGCCGCCUGGAUACCAACAUCCUUAUCCUAUGCCUCCUUAUUAUCCUAUGCCUGCUCCUUAUCCCCUUUACCCACAACCACCCCGAGAACCAGAUCGUCCGCCAGCUCCUAAACCUGAUUCAUGCCCUGUGA